AUGCCUCGAAACAGCCUGGAGCAAUCCUUGGCUGCGACACUUGAGCGACGACGACGAAGUUCGAAGUUGAGAACUCUCAAGUCGAGUUCCCCCGACGCGAUUGACUUUUCAUCGAACGACUUUCUUUCACUUUCGACAACACAAGAGUUCCGUAAAGACUAUCUGAAAGAGCUCGAAAGUCAUGCCUUGCCAGUUGGAUCGACAGGUUCGCGUUUGCUAGAUGGCAAUUCUCAAUAUGCGGAAGAUCUCGAGAGACGGAUUGCUGACUUUCAUAGAGCUGAGACCGCUCUUCUGGUAGGAUCUGGCUUUGAUGCUAAUGUUAGCAUAUUCACAUGCCUUCCUCAACCUGGUGACAUUGUGGUCUACGAUGAGCUCAUACAUGCAUCCGUGCACGAUGGCAUGAAAGUUUCGCGAGCUGUCUCGUUCCUGCCCUUUAAGCAUAACUGUUUAGUUGAUUUCCGGAGCAGACUAUCAAGUUGCAGAUCUGGCAUACUGGGCAAGAAUAUCUUCGUUGCGGUUGAGACAGUGUAUAGCAUGGAUGGCGAUCUCGCUCCUCUAGUCGAAAUGCUAGCCAUAAUGAAAGAGCUCUUUCCACAAGGCAAUUGCCAUCUUAUCGUGGAUGAGGCACAUUCAACAGGGAUAUAUGGCCCGAAGGGUAAAGGUAGAGUGAGUGAGCUGGGUCUAGAAGGGGACGUCCUCGUGAGGCUACACACCUUCGGCAAAGGUCUAGCUUGCAACGGAGCGGUUAUCUUGUCUUCACACGUCAUCAGGUCAUACCUUAUCAAUUAUGCUCGACCUAUUAUCUUCACAACCUUCAUGUCCUAUCCAAUGCUGGUGGCCGUCAAAGUUGCCUAUGACUGGCUUAGCGACGGCAAGACGGAAUCACUAUCUAUGAGACUAUUCCACUUGAUUCGAUAUAUGUACAGCGGAUUGAAGAGACUGGAACCACUUACACAAAACCUCGAACCAGGAUCUAUGCUCCUACCCGGAAGAUGUCCCGAAUCGGCGAUAUUUGCUCUGAUGAUGCGUGAGCCUCGGGAGUUAGCAGGAUUUUGUCAGGCAAAUGGGUUUAUCGUCCGUCCAGUCGUGCACCCCACAGUACCACAAGGCACAGAGCGUGUUCGCAUAUGUCUUCAUGCAGGCAACACAGAGGCAGAGAUCGACGCAUUCGUGGACAAGGUUCAGACUUGGCUAAAAUACAAGAUAUCGUUGUUGUCAGAACUAUCGUCGCAAGAGGGAGUACGGAAUACCACCAGCCUGACGGAGGUAUACUCAGCGGACAUUCAACAAGAUCCGGCAGCUAUCUUAGCCAAGCUGUGA